UCACUCGGCUCAUCCAUCGCUCGGCCCAUCGUCUGCUCUCCCCUCGCCGCCCGUUGCUAGGCAGGCCCGGACGCAGCUGCCGUGGGCUGCUCGGAGCCGGUGGGUGGCGGUUCGGGCCCGCCCGCCCCCGUCAUGGAGGGUGACAAGAAAAGAACCAAAGAAGAUACUUGGAAAUCAGAAGAACUUAGGAAACAUCUUAGGGCAACACAACCGGAUAGUCAAAAUGAAGACCAAAAGCUGAGAGAAAAGAAACUGCAGAAAGAGAAGUCUGUUCAUGACACAGACACUCAUAAACAUGAACGCAAAGACAGAGGGAAGAGCAAGGAAAGAACAAGAGAAAGAGAGAGAUUUAAAUCUGGUGAAAGAGACAGAGACAAAAUGAGAGAGAGAGAAAAGGGACAAGAUCACCAGAGAAGAGGGGACCAAGAGAGAUACAAAGAUAAGCUUCAAGAAUCAAGUUUGAAGAAGGAAAGCUACAGUGUACCAAAACAUAAAGACAGGGAGAGUGAUAGAGAACAAGACAAAAAGCAUAAAAGACAUGAGAUAAAGCAAAUAGAGACACACAAUAAUCUGAAAUCAUUUGAAGGAAGAGAUAAAGAACAUCACAGAAGAAGAGAAAGCAGGCAUCAUUUGGAAGAGAAGAAACCGAGAAGUGAAGAGCGAGAAAGAAGACAUACAGAAAAGAAGCUACAUCAAAAUUUUCCAUCUGCUGUUCAUGCCUUUCUUACAGGAAUAUCGGAUAAUGGUACCAGAAAGAGCAUUGACAAGUUUUUAGCCAACGAAGCUGAAGAAGGUGAAUGUGUACAGAAGUUACAGAAAGAUCAAGAGUGGAAUAAAGAGGGAGAAAGAAGACACAGAGAAAAAAAAGAAUAUUCUAUUAGGCCAGGAAAAGAGAUGCUUUCGAAAGAAAGAAGUCAUAAACGUUAUGAAAAGGAACAGGAAGGAAAACAUAAAUCAAAGAGAUCUAAAGAGGGAUCGUCCCAUGGAAACAGAGAAGGACAACCAGCAGAAGCUAAGGAGAGAGUAAAAACAGCAGAAAAUGAAAGAAAGAACUGUGAUCUAGGGAACAGCAAAUACAAAAAAGAGGAGAGAAUUCAAGAAGAAAUGAGCCACCAGCACCUAAGGACUGUUAAAGAUCAUGCAAAACUCAUUGAAAAAGAAGAAAGGGACACAAGAGAAGAGGAAGUGAAAGAUACACACAUCUUUAACUCAGCCACGGGAUUUGAUAAUUCAUCAGCAAAUUAUGAGGAUGAUUUUGAAGAUUAUGAAGAUGACUUUGAUGAUUAUGAAGACCGAAGUGGUGAAGAAGGAGAUGCAGAAGAAAAUCCAAGAGAGAUUCCAUUUUCCAGAACAUCAGAAAUUGAAGAAAUUCAAAGAGCAAUUAGUGCAGAAAACGACAGAAUCUGUACUUCACUGCCAAAGAAAAUUGAAAAUGAAAAAAAGGAACAAAUCAUGGAGAGGCAAUGCCCUUCUGUCAGAAACCCUUUUUGUGGAAUAUUCAUGGAUUUUCAAAUGGCAAACCAACGACAAAGUAGCCGAAGUAUGGCUAGUAAGCAGAAAAAACGGAGUUCGGAACUUCUCCCACUAAUUGAUCUGGACUUCUCAGUUAGUUUUUCGUUACUGGACUUGCCUCCUGUAAAUGAGUAUGACAUGUAUAUCAGGAAUUUUGGUAAAAUGAACACUAAGCAGGCAUAUGUUCAAUGUAAUGAGGACAAUCUUGAGAGAGACAUUCAGACUGAGGAAGUUGAGACCCUGGAGAAAUGGACACAGCAUCCAGCAGAAAGUGCCAUUGUAUCUGGAGGUCCUGUAACCAGCCAGGGUAUGUCAGUGAAUGGAUCUCUAACACCUAAAAUCGAUUCACAAAAAUUAGCAAAUUUCCUCCGGUCUGCUUGCCAGGUGAUUGCUGUUUUGCUAGAGGAGGAUCGAGUUGCAACACAACCCAGGUGGAAACCAGGUUCUGGACAAACCAGUCUGUCUAUUAGUGACAGCUGUUUCCAGUUAAAUACUAACCAGCCAUUCCUCCAUGACCGAAAAAUAUCCUGCCUAUGUGUCUCUCAAGUUCAGAGGCAGACGCUACUUUCUGUUCAUGGAUUACCUGAAAAGACAGGUGUUGGUUUACUGAAUAGAAAGAGCAUCAUAUGUGUUUGGAACAUCUGGCAGCCCUCCAGUCCUCAGAAACUUUUAAUGUGUGACUCAGAGGUAACAUGCUGCUGCUUUAGUCCAAAUAAAACACCAUUAGUUUUUGCUGGAACAACAGAUGGCUCAUUGUUGGUGUGGGACCUUCGAGAAGACUCGAGAAUGCACCCUCAUGUGAUGGUUGGUGACACUGGCUGGACAUUUCGAGUUCCAACAUUUUCCACUGAUGGUGUUCUAAACACAGUAAACCACACCUCUCCCAUACUAACAGUGGAAUCUGUCUCAACCUUUCUCCACACUGAUCAGAAUUAUGGGCUCUCAAGCCUCUCUUCUCAGGAGGAAAUCUCAGGCCCUCCAUUUCAGAUAGCUUCAAUGGAUGAAAAUGGAAUCCUCAAUAUGUGGGUAGUUGUUGAAUUACAAAAAGUGGAUUUAGCUGGAUCACAAACUGAUUUAGGUUUAAUUCCUGGAGGGAAAGUGAAGUUAGCACAUAGCUCUACUGUGGAACUGAAUAACAGCCUUUUCCCAAAGGAUGUGCGCCAGAGAAUGCCCCAGACACUGACUAUUAAAUUUUUGUCUUCUAAUCCUAAUCAUUUCAUUGUUGGAACAAACAUCGGGCUGGUAGGCCACGGUACAAGACAUGAUUUAAAAGUUGUUCCAAAACUAUUCAGACCCCAGGAGAACGGACUGAGAUCAAUAAGCAUCAACGCAAUUGAUUUCUUCCCUUUUGGAAAGCCACUAUUUUUGGUUGGCUGUUCAGAUGGCAGUAUCAGGUUACACCAAAUGACAUCAGAGCAUCCCCUCCUGCAGUGGAAUGGCAGCACCAAUGGCCAGCCAGUCAUUGCCCUGCAGUGGGCUUUAACCAGGCCCGCCGUGUUUUUUGUCCUGGAUGCAUCAUCUAACAUUUACAUUUGGGAUCUUCUGGAAAAUGAUUUGUUGCCUGUGGCAAAGCAGACUGUUCCGUUAGAGAAUGUUGUAACUAUGGCUCUCCUGGGAGAACCAGAAAAAACAAACGGGUUAUUAGGCCUCGUGCUGGCCAAAGCAUCUGGAGAGAUAGACAUUCAGUUUGUAAAGAAGAAGUGGGCAUUACCUCAGCCCGAGGAAUGUGAAAAACUACAUAUGGUUUUAUUGCAAUCUUCUUAGAAACAGUACACCUCCCUGUACAAAUUAUCGCAAAAUAUUCAAUUAUUUUUGAUAAUAAAUUAAAAGAUUUGUAAUGUAAUUUUGUAUUUGUACAUAACUUGUAUAUAUUUUAAAGAAUAUUAAUACAAUAUUUCAGCUGAAACUUUAUAUUUUAUCAUAAAAAUGACAACCUAAUUUAGCAUUAUUAUACUUUAAAAGGUGAUGCACUGUAUUUCAUUAUUGAAAGUACUCUAGAUGUAUAUAUUUUCAAUAAAAUACUGGAAAUAUAUUCCUAUAAAUUA